AUGACUACUCUUAUUCGGUUUCUGAGUGCUAAGUGGUGUUUCCAGACGCCUCCUGAAAUUGGUGAGCUCAUCGGAAUACCAAAUGCGGGGAAACUGGUACAUCGACUCGUUCACAGCUUCCCUAAGCUUCAGUGUGCUUCAAGCCCAGGUACAACCUAUCACCCCUCCUUGCUGCGUAUUGAUCUUUCGAUCAUCCCUGACUUCCGUUGGGAUGAGAAGAUUCAUGGUGGCGCGCGAAACAUUCUUGAUCAUGGUAGAGGAUGUGAUGAGGAGGUCAUUCUUUUCCAUGAUACUUUUGUUCUCCGCCAACGCUACGCUGAAGAUGAACAUAACGUCACAUUAACGGUUCCCAUGUUCGAGCCCGCUUCCCAUAUCCUUCAAGCAUCUCAUUCUUCCCGAAAAAUUCCCCGCUCCGACGCCUCUCUUGGAUCUUCAGCCCCUUCCGUUGUCAGCACUCUCCAUAACAAGGAAUUUGAGAAGAUCUACGCGUCCACAAUAGAAACAUUCAACAAGAUACAGACACAGGUGUUCCAAGCGCUGUAUACUUCGGAUGAGAAUGUUUUCAUUGGUGCUCCUACGGGCAGUGGAAAGACCGUUUGUGCCGAGUUUGCUUUGCUCAGACUAUGGAGCAAGCGCGAACAACCAAGAGCUGUUUGUAUCGAGCCAUAUCAGGAGAUGGUCGACCAGCGGGUGAAGGAAUGGCAGGAUAAGUUCUCCGGACUUCAAGGUGGUAAGGAGAUUGUCAGUCUAACUGGCGAGACAAGCGCCGAUCUGCGACUUUUGGAAAAGGGUGAUGUGAUUGUCUGCACUCCCUCUCAGUGGGACGUACUUUCUCGUCGUUGGCGUCAGCGGAAGAAUGUCCAGAAUAUUGGGCUUCUGAUCGCUGAUGAGGUGCAGCUUGUUGGAGGAGAAGUAGGUCCUACAUAUGAGGUUGUCAUCUCCAGGACACGAUAUGUGUCUGCGCAAACAGAAGUAAAGACUCGAAUCGUUGCGUGCGGGGUUUCGCUUGCGAAUGCGCGCGACCUGGGUGAAUGGAUGGGUGCACCCUCUCAUGCUAUCUUCAACUUCUCGCCUAGGUAUUGCACGGCCCCUGGACAUGGAUAUCCAUCUGCAAUCAUUCACAAUACCGCACUUCCCUUCCCUCAUGAUGCCAUGUCGAAGCCAGCGUACUUGGCCAUCGUCGAAUAUGCACCCACAAAACCUGUCAUCGUCUUUGUUCCCUCACGGAAGCAAUGUCGUCUCACUGUCGACGACCUGCUUAUCCACUGCGCUGCGGAUGACAAACCAGACAGGUUCCUUAACGUCGAGGUCGCAGAUAUACAGGUUCAUCUCGACCAUUUGCGGGACGAAGGAUUGAAGGAGACGUUAAAGAAGGGCAUCGGCUAUUUCCAUGAGGCCAUGGAUAAGCAAGACAAACGGAUCGUCCAGCGUCUGUUUGAGAGCGGAGCUGUUCAAGUGCUGUACUACGAAGGGAAGGAGCACCGAUACGUCGACUAUCCUGUCAUGGACGUUCUGCAGAUGAUGGGUCGAGCAUGUCGGCCGAAAGACGACGAACGGAGUCGGUGUGUCCUCAUGUGUCAACAGACCAGGAAGGACUUUUACAAGAAAUUCUUGGCGGAGGGUCUUCCGAUUGAGAGUCAUCUUCCGACUCACUUACUACAUGACUAUUUCCUGGCGGAGAUUGCAGUCAAAACUAUCGAGAAUAAGCAAGAUGCUAUGGAUAUUUUGACAUGGACUUACUUCUACCGCAGGAUGACGCAGAAUCCCAAUUACUAUAACCUUCACAAUGUCAGCCACCAGCAUUUGUCGGACCAUCUUUCGGAGUUGGUUGAGAACACUCUGACUGAUCUCGUUAACUCCAAAUGCAUUGCUAUCGAGGACGAGAUGGACGUUUCCGCGCUCAACCUUGGAAUGAUCGCUGCUUACUACAAUAUCUCUUAUGUGACCGUUGAAGUCUAUACGCUAUCGCUGAAGGAACGCACGAAGCUAAAGGGUCUACUGGAAGUCGUAUCAUCUUCUGCCGAGUUCGAAGUCAUUCCUAUCCGUCGACACGAGGAUGUCCUGCUCAAACGACUGUAUGAGCGUCUUCCUGUCAAGAUCGACGGGGUCAACUUUGAGGCUCCUCACUUCAAGACCUUCCUUCUUCUCCAAGCACAUUUCAGUCGUAUUCAAUUACCAGCGGAUCUGGCUGCGGACCAGAAGAUUGUCCUAGAGAAGGUGCUGAACUUGCUUUCGGCGUGUGUGGAUGUCAUGUCGUCCAAUGCGUGGUUGAGUGCCUUGGGUGCUAUGGAUCUGGCGCAGAUGUGUGUUCAGGCUGUUUGGGACAGAGACUCUCCUCUGAGGCAAAUACCGCACUUCGAGCCAGAGUUAAUCGAGCGGUGUAAGGACGCUGCGCUUUUGCAAAUGACCCAGGCGCAGAUGCAAGACGUUGCUACGUUCGUCAACUCGUACCCGACACUCGAUGUCACGCACGAGCUUGUCGGCGGGGACUACACAGCGGAUGACGAAGAAGGCGACCAGACGGUGAUUGCGCGCGUUCUACCCAGGAAGAAGAUGGCAAACUGGUGGUUGGUUGUCGGCGAACCUUCCACGCGACAGCUAUUGGUCAUUAAGCGUGUGACGGGGCGGAUCAUGAUAUCGGAUUGGAACGAUAUCGAAGUUGCGGAGGGUGAAGAUUCCGACAGUGAUGAGGAUGAUAGUGAUGAUGCCAUGGAGGAGUGA